CCCUAAAGAGCAGUCUGUAGGCUACUCGAAGAACGAACUACUUCAAAAACCCAAGAAAACUUUGGGACAUAAAUUCAUCUGAAGUUUUGAGCUCAUGGCAGAAAUAACACAGAGGGGGAAUAAACAAGAUGAACUGAAGUAAUUUUGGAAACAAAGAAUUACUCUGAAAAUAAAGAAGAAGCUACUAUUUUUUAUGACCUAUUGUAUCAGUCAAACUUUUUUUUUACUGAAGUAAUUUUGGAAACAAAGAAUUACUCUGAAAAUAAAGAAGAAGCUACUAUUUUUUAUGACCCAUUGUAUCAGUCAUACUUUUUUUUAAACGGGAAUCUGUAGAAAUGAGACACGUCGUCUGAGCCAAAAGAAGACCCGCGGAAGUUACCCAAACUAAAGUAUUGACAUUUAAAGAUUGCCAGCAAUAAUAUCGACAAGCCACGCUGCGGCGAUGGAUUCAGGCGGCAAGUAGUAAAAGGAAGAGACGUGACUCAUCUGGUCUCUGAUAUGGCUGACUCUUACCGCUGAUCCUGUGUGAGCUGUGUGAUUUCCUGGCGCUCAGCUGGAAAGCUAUGUCAUGGACGUGAUGGGAAUGGUCCUGUUCUGUUCCCACAGAUACCAGGACUGCAGAUGGCCAGGGGCGGUCCGAAAAGGGGAAUACUCACACAAGUAACCUUCCAGUUGAUGCUGACAGUAGGAGCAGCGGUGAUUGGCUCACUGCAGUUCGGUUACAACACAGGUGUCAUCAACGCCCCUCAGAAGGUUAUUGAGAGGUUCCUCAAUGAGACAUGGUUCGACCGCUACCAGGAGCCCAUCACCAAGACCUCCCUCACCACCCUGUGGUCAGUCUCCGUCGCCAUCUUCUCUGUCGGCGGUAUCUUCGGCUCCUUCUCCGUGGGCCUGUUUGUCAACCGCUUUGGCAGGAGGAACUCCAUGCUCAUGGCCAACGUGCUGGCCUUUGUCUCCGCUGCUCUCAUGGGCUUCUCUAAGAUGGGUGGCUCAUGGGAGAUGCUGAUCAUCGGGCGCUUCGUGGUGGGACUUUACUCCGGCCUCUCAACUGGCUUUGUACCCAUGUACGUGGGUGAGGUGGCCCCCACUGCCCUUCGAGGAGCCCUGGGUACCCUCCACCAGCUGGGCAUUGUCACGGGCAUCCUGAUGGCACAGGUGUUUGGCAUGGAGGCCUUAAUGGGGAACGCGUCUCUGUGGCCCUUCCUGCUGGGCUUCACCUUCAUCCCAGCCCUGGCGCAGUGUGCCCUGUUGCCCUUCUGCCCUGAGAGCCCCCGCUUCCUCCUCAUCAACCGCAACGAGGAGAACAAGGCCAAAACUGUCCUGAAGAAGCUGCGUGGGACCACAGACGUAAGUGCAGACAUGCAGGAGAUGAAGGAGGAGGCCAGGCAGAUGAUGAGGGAGAAGAAGGUGACCAUCCUAGAGCUGUUCCGCUCGCCACUCUACCGCCAGCCCAUCUUCAUCGCUAUCAUGCUCCAGCUCUCCCAGCAGCUUUCUGGCAUCAACGCUGUUUUCUACUACUCUACCCGUAUCUUUGAGAAGGCCGGAGUUGCUCAGCCUGUUUAUGCUACAAUUGGUGCCGGUGUGGUCAACACGGCCUUCACUGUGGUGUCGCUGUUUGUGGUGGAGCGUGCUGGACGCAGGUCUCUCCAUCUGCUGGGGCUGAUAGGAAUGGCAGGCGCUGCCGUCCUGAUGACCAUCGCUCUGGCUCUGCUGGACAAGCUGCCAUGGAUGUCCUACGUGAGUAUUGUGGCCAUCUUUGCCUUUGUGGCGUUCUUUGAGAUCGGCCCGGGUCCCAUCCCCUGGUUCAUUGUGGCUGAGCUGUUCUCCCAGGGUCCCCGGCCCUCGGCUUUCGCUGUGGCUGGCUUCUCCAACUGGACUGCCAACUUCAUAGUGGGCAUGGCCUUCCAGUAUGUAGAGGAGUUGUGUGGCCCUUAUGUCUUUGUCAUCUUCACCAUACUGCUGCUCAGCUUCUUCAUCUUCACCUACUUCAAGGUGCCUGAGACCAAGGGCCGGACGUUUGAUGAGAUCUCAGCCGGGUUCCGCCAGUCGGCUGGCACUGGUGGAGAGAAGCACUCGCCAGAGGAGCUCAACAGCCUGGGGGCUGACUCUCAGCUCUAAGCAUCUGUCCCUCCCCUCUCCUCUCGUUCCACUCCCGCUGAUGAGGCCCGGCCCUGAACCCUCUCUGGCCACCCCACCCUGAGGGGACCACUCACUAACUGCGUGCAAACUGACUACUAAACUGACACACUGGUUGUCAUUACAUUUCAAGCAUCUUCACCAAGCAGAGAACAGAUGCCCCGAUCGCCCCUCCCGAUCCCCUGUCUCAACGUCUCUAGCUCCUUUCUCUUCUUAUCACAACACUAACUUGGUGGGAGCAGGGACAUGGGUGGCAGAAGGUGGGUUGGAAUGGUAGAUGUUUAGUAGAACGAAAAGGGGGGUCUUCAAUUAUACAACGGUCACCGCCAAGUUACUUUUAUUUUAUUUUCUCUUAUUUUGUCUGUUGCCUUAAUCAUUUUGUCAGUUUAGAUAUCCAUGAGUAUGUCUCUUAUGUAGGUCUCAGUACUUCUCAUUGAAGUAAGGGAUGAUUUUAAAGUUCAGAAUUUGUGUUUUUGUUCCCUUUGUUACUUGAUGAAACAGAGCAUAAUGUGUAGCAACACUGUAGCCACAGCAAAUUUGAGCAGUUGUUGUGGAAUUGAAAUAUGACAUUUGUACUGUUUUCCAACAGGGGGAGCAGUACCCUCAAUGAAAGGCCUUCUACUGUAUCGUACCACAACUUGACUUGCUUUGCCAGUCCAGAGACUAAACCACAGCGAAUCGUUAUUGUGUUCCACAUAGGCGAUGUCUGAGGCUACAUAUAACAAUAUGUAUCUUUGUUACACAGACCCUCUGUUUAUGACCUAAAUGAUUUACUGGAUCAAUCAAGACCCUCAAGACAUUGUAUGCCAUGUAAAUAUUUUUUUUACCAACUCAUUUUUAACUUCUGUCCAGAUAGAAUUUUGAUUAUUUUAGAAAUAUUUGUUUCUUAUGGAAAAAUAAAUCAAAUCAUAAAGAGUCAUUUUUUAAUGAGGUUUAUUUCUUAGUGAAUUACAGCACUGUUACAAAAAUGUUAUCAAACAUUGGGUGCAAACUUUUUGGCUGUAAGUACUGUAUGUGUACAUGUAAUAUUUAAUUCCCAAGCAAUACCCAUGAGCAUUAAUUUUACACUAUGAAAUCAUAGGACUAGUUGAAAUAUUUUCUACUCCGACACUAGUGAUGGUAGUUGGCGCCUUGAAUAUGACAGGAGAUUUGAUCAUUGGAAUCACUCAUCUGCUUCUUCAUAAGAGCAAACUGUUGAAAAGCAACGUACGCCUGUUUCACUGCAUGCUAAUAUGAGCGUAACCCCCCGCUAAAACUAAACUGAAGUCCCUCACAACAGGCUUCCUUUCAAACAGGGUCUAGUAUGUAAUGUGGCUUCCAGCCGUACCACGGUCUGCUUCAUCCUGAAUGUGCUUUUACACCCUUUGGGGUCAGACUCACAACUAAUGAUCAAUUUUUCUAGAAAAGUUGUGAUUUUUGUUAUUGUAACACCACAAUGCCUUUGCAUAGUUCAGCACUGUAGGGGCUGUUAUAUUGUUCAGUUAUGUUUUGUGACACAUAGCUGACAACCCUGUAUAGUUGGCUGAUUCAGGCGACUCCACCUCUUGAUGUAGAGGUUCCUGUCUAUGACUGCUGUGCCACUUCAAUAAGUUUUCCUUUCAUUUUAUAAGGCAUUUUGAGAAGUGUUUUUAGCGGCAUUUUUUCAUCCACAAUGUUGGUUGUUUUGUCACAAAAAAAUCUUACGUAAUAGUAGUUGGAGUAUUUCUCAAAAUGUUCUACAAAAUGUCGAACCCCGUUAUGUUACUGAAAAGAGAUUGGGUUAGAUGUCAUUGUUUUGUUUUUUAACUACAUGAUUAGCCUAACCUAUCCGUACAUUCACAGGUCUUUGUUAUUUGAAAUCAAAAGGUAGGCAGAAUAUGUUUUACAAUCUAAUAUAGGCUAAUCCAGCGAGUCUAAAGUGAAUAUGGUUUUAAAGUGGUUUAAAUGGUUUUCGUAAUGGCCCUUGACCCAAACAGAACUCCACAAGAAACAUCCAUUGUAAUCAUUCCAUGAUGACUUUGUGUGCAUUCACAUGCAUGCAAAUAUAUGUAUGCGUCUUUGAAAUGAUAUGGGACUCUUUAGUACAGUCUCCUCCACAAACAAUCUGUCGGUUAAACACUGCAACCUCCUUGACUGUAAGUCGCCCUAAGUCAUCAAAUGUCAGGAUCAAUGUUGGCACCAAAGACUUGGCAUAUGUCGGAUUGAACUCCGACCCUGUGAUGGAGAGAAAAAGAUGCACUUAUGGACUGAAAUCAAAUGCAAUGUACUUUGUGUGUUUGGUUUUUAGACAAUUAUGUUUGGGCAUUUUAUAAACACAUUUAUUAACACAUGAUGUAUGCAUAAAACAGGUGAAGAAAUCCAUCACUGCACAUAAUGAGGCCACACGACUUUUAAUGUAAAUACAAUAGAUAGUAGAGAAUCCAAAUAUAUAAAUAUUUUAUUUGAGUUACUACUCGUAUCGGUAGUUGUACAUCUAUUUUUGCAUAAUAAGCACACCUGCCUUUAUUUUCUCUGAUUUGCUCUCUGAAGAAAUAUUGUUUGAGAUAACUAUUAACACAAUCUUAUUUCAGCUUUGUACAUGAACCAUUGAAUGAUAUAUACUAUUUAUUAGAUGUCUAAUUUAUUAGAUGUUUUUAUUUUCUCAAUUUUAGUGCAGUAUUAAUUCACAUUUUGUAAAAGCACCUGUGUGUAUGUUGGGUGGAUAUGAACCUCCAACAGAACAAUCUUUUGUAAAACAGUGUGCUAUGAUGUCAGUGUCCUGAUGGUUUUCUUUUGUAAGAUGUGUGGUUGGAUUUUUUUAUCAAUAAAAUUAAACAAGCAUACAGGGAAA